UAAUGCAUUUUACUGAUAUACAAGAAACACAACCUACUUAUUUUCUUGAACAACAAACAAAUAAUAAUCAACUCUUUCAAUUUUAUAAUAAUGAUCAAAAUUCGCUUUCAUCGUUUGAUAAUGCACUAACACCUUCACAAAUAGAUAAUAUCAUUAGCCUUAGUUUAUCAAAUAUUAAUGCAGAUUAUUUUUUCAACCUUAACUCUACUGCAUGCAAUAAUUUUAAUCCUGUCGAUCGAAAUCUUGGCGGAAAUUCUGCUAUUAUCGUUAAUUUUGGUACCAAUUCUAUUGGAAAUGGCUCUUCUAUGUCUUAUUU